GCAGGGAAAGAGAACUACAACUCCCGGCAGCACUUAGAGCUUCACCGGCCUCCGCCUCUUCUCAGCUGGCUUGAAGGCUGUUAUUGUUGUUACUAAAAGAUUAGUGGACCAGCUGGUUGCUCUCUGGACUUACACCACAUAUGCCUGGUUGAUUUACAAGGAGUUUACUGCCCAAGUUACUAAGAUGGAAGAGGCACAGUCCCAACCCAGCAUAGUUUUCCUGAAUGUGGCCUCAAGUUAUGUACCCCACACCAAGGUGGAGUGCCACUACAAUCUGCUACCUGGCAUGAAGCCAUCGACUAGAGAUUGGAUCGGGAUCUUUAAGGCGGAUGCUUCUUCGGUACGUGACUAUUAUACCUUUGUGUGGGGCAUAAUGCCAGAUGGUGGAGCUUCUGAAGGAACCCUGCAUUGCAGCGUCCAGUUCCAAGCCAGCUACUUACCUAAGCCAGGUCCGCAGCAAUAUCACUUUCGUUAUGUGGAUCACCACGGGGAGGUGCGUGGCCAAAGUUCUCUUUUCCAAUUCAGCGAACCCCGUCCCAUGGAUGAGCUCGUCACUCUAGAGGAGGCCAGCGAUGACGGAGGAGGAACUGAUAUGCUGCUGGUAGUUCCCAAGGCCGCUCUACUUGAGACUCAGCUGGAAGAGAGUCGUCUGGAACAAGGAGCCCUGUUGCGUGAGUCCAGCCGCCUGAAGGAAGAGGUUCAAGAACUGAGAGGCCGCACAGCAGAUCUAGAAGCAGCACUUAGCUCGCUACGGGAUGAACACACCAAGCUGGCUGCACAAUAUAAGGAACUGUCAAAUUCUUACACGGAAAUCUCCAAGCAGAGAGAUACUCUAAGCAUUCAAGAAACUGAGCACUUGGCCCGAAUCCAGGAACUGGAGGGCGAUAUCCAGGGGAUUGGAGAGAAGAUGCUUCAGAGAGAGACGGAAUUAGACAGGUCAAGGCCAUGUCAAAGAAAGCACCUCAAGGUGAAAGACACAGUGAAGUCACUUCUGAGGGAGCAGGAACACAUCCACCAUCAGCUCAAAGAAGAGAAUGCUGAGAAAGAGCAGUACCAGGUCAAGCUGCAGGCUUCCAAGGAGGAGAGCCGUAGCCUGGCCUCCGACUUGCAAGAAGCCAAGACUCGUCACGGUGAGAAAAUCUCCCAGGCACUCAUGCUGCAGGAGGAUAUUCAGAAGUUGCAGCAGAAGCUGGCAGCUGCUAACCACCGCACAGCACAGAUGGAGUCCUUGUGUGAACAGUUACGCACCACACAGGACGUUCUGGCUGCCAGCCAGCAGAAAGUGGCUCUUUUAGGGGAAGAGCUAGCCAGUGUGGCGUCCAUCCGAGACCGCACCAUCUCUGACCUCCACAAGAGCCGCCUUGAGGCAGCUGAGGUCAACAUCAAGCUUGCUGACAUGACCCUCAAGUGGAAAGAAGGCAAAGGCCAAUGGUGGAAGGAGAAAGCCAUGCUGUUGCAGAACGUAGAGGCCGAGAAAGAUAAGAUCCUGAAGCUGAGUGCUGAGGUUCUCCGCCUUGAAAACAACUUGCAAGAAGAACGGGCACAGCGCCAGGUGUUGCGUAUGGAGCUGGUACAGGAGCGGGAUGCCAGUCUGGUUCAAGUCUCUGAGAGCCGCCGUGAGUUACGGGAACUACGGGCUGCCCUGCAGGUUGGCCAGAAGGAGAAAGAGCAACUGCAGUCCGAAAAACAGGAGUUGCUGGUGUACAUACGCCGCCUUGAAGAACGUUUGGAGAAAGUAGCAGAUGAGAAAUGGAGUGAAUCAGUUCUGAUUGACGAAGAGGAGAGAGCUCUGGAUACUCCUGGCUCCCUGGACUCCUUGUCUGAUUCUGAGGACGAAUGCCCUGAGGACAUGCGCCUGCCUGCCCAGCUCAGUUCUUACAGCCUGUGUGACACCCGGGCAGUGACCACCACGCCUCCCUGUGCCCAUGGGUUAUCUCACACAGUGGUGAUCAGCCAGCCUGCUCCUAUUGCUAGUCAGAUCAAACAGCUGCCCGAGGAUUCCAGUUCUGACUCGGAAGCUGAAGAUGAGAAGGCAGUUCUGAUGGCAGCUGCUCAGAGUGGUGGUGAAGAAACCAAUCUACUCCUUCCAGAACUGGGCAAUGGCUUCUGUGAAGUGGCCAGUGGGCUGACAGGGCGGCAGAUGUCAGAACCCUCCGGAAUGGGCGCAUCUCCCUUGGACCUGCCUUCUCCAGGCUUUUGGAAGGAGUGUCCCAUCUGCCACGAGCGCUUCCCACCUGAGAGUGACAAGGAAACUGUUGAUACGCAUGUGGACGGCCACUUCUUUUUCAGCACCCAUGACCCUUUUACUUUUGAAUAAGCUCCUUGUCUCCAUCACCACCAUCAUGCGCCCCCUUGUUUCCCCCCGGCCCCCUCUGUCGUUUCAGUAGGAUUCAGGCUGGUUCCUUCCCUCUCUUCUUGCUUCCAUAGAGAGUUUCUUAAGAAGAACGAAUUAUCCUAGCACAAUUCUGUCAUUGGGUUGACAGCUGUAAAAAACAACAACAACUGUUGUCUUCCAGGGACCCUUUCCAAGGCAGAACAGUCAGAGCCAUCUUGCAUCAGGAGUUGUAUCCUCAGGGAUGGGGACUAGGUGAUAUUAAACAGUAGCGGGGUGGGCUGUGUAUCAUCAUAGAGCGGUAGUUGUCCAGGCAUUUUGUGUGAUCUUUUACAGAUAUCCACAAUGACUUUGCCUUCUUGUUUGCCUGCCAAAUAUACCGGUGCUGCAAAAUUCUUGUAUCCACAAAACCCAUCAAAUAUAUGUAGGUCCUCCCUGCGCAUACGCCCAGAAGCUUUAUGGUCCCUAUGCCGCGCAAGGGAAGUCGGGUGUCCCUAUGCCGUGCAACGAAAUCAGCUGUUUUGACACUAUUCAGUGACCAUCAGAUCUCCUCACUAUGGAAAGUAAUGAUAUUCUGACUUUUGCCCUGAAAGAACUCUGUAGACUUUCUAGAAAGUCAGAAGCAAUUGCAAGUGAGAUAUGAUAAUAUCACUUAGCACGUAGGCUUAUUUACACCACUCCCACCCCCAUAGUUGUUUACAGCUAUAUAGCACUCCCUUGGGCUGUUUACAAUGUCAGCAUAUUGCCCCCAACCACCUGGGUCCUCGUUUUACUGACUUUGGAAGGAUGGAAGGCUGAUUGAGCUCCCUCGGGAUUAAACUCCAGGCUGUGGGCAGAGUUUGCCUGCAAUACUGCCCUCUCACCAUUGGACCACCUGGGUUGCUCAUUAACAAGCAAAUGGAGGCAGAGGAAGAGGCUUCAGUUUCCUUAUGGGUAGCAGCUGUAUUGAGAUGAAUGGGAAAGGAAUGCCUUUAAAAGUUGUGUAGGUAUUGAGGCUCCAGUCAAUCAUGCAGCACCACAUUUGGUUUCCCUACUGUUGAUUCCUGGCCUCCAGAUCUAAUAAGAUUCCUUGUGGCUGAUUUCAGCUGGAAUCCAGCCAUACCUGGGGAGGUACAGACUCUGUAAUCCCUGGAAUAAACCAAAAAGUCAGUAUUUGAAAAGUUCUCAAAUGAAGGACGUAAAUUCCUUGGUUAUAAAUAGUUGGAUGAAUUUAUAUCUACGACACAAGUGUUUGGGGAAAAGAGUCUGGGGGCAAAAAUGUCCAUGUUUAGAGGGUACUUCCCUCUCUUCUCAGUGUUCAGGGGGCAAUAAAAGUUGACUUUGUAUCUAAUAUACAAAUGGAUGAAGACUAUUGCUUAACACAUUGUAAGCCGCCCUGAGUCUUCAGAGAAGGGCGGGAUAUAAAUGCAUUAAAAAAAAGUGUUAAAUAUAGAACAGCUCCACAGGAGAUGAAAGCUUGGCCCACCUAUUGUUUAACUCCUCAGUAUAUAAAAAGAAAGAAAACAAAUGAAAUGCAAAUGAACGGACUGUCUAUUUAUUGGUUUAGCUACUGGUAACUCUUCCAACAAAACCUCAAAGGAUUUUAUUGCUUAUAUUUAUACAUUAUAUGGCAUUGUAUGUGGGCUUUUUAAAAUAAAAACUAAAGCAACCAGACUCGCAGACAUGUAAAUUAGAAUAAAAUAGAGAAGAGAUUCCAUAAAAUCUCUUUCUGCAUGUCUCAUCACCACGAGGGAACAAAAUUACCGUAUAUACUCGAAUAUAAGCCGAUCCGAGUAUAAGCCGAGGUCCCCAAUUUUACCCCAAAAACUGGGGUAAACUGGGGACUCGAGUAUAAGCCGAGGGUGGGAAAUGAGGCACCUACCGGUUGGGGAAACCCUCCCUCCCUCAGCUGAGAAGGCUGGCGGCUCCCCGCCCGCCUCUCACUGCACCGGCAGGGCUUCAGUCCGGUAAAAUGUGAAAAAAAAAAAAAAAAAAACUCGAGUAUAAGCCGUAUAUACUCGAGUAUAAGCCGAGGGGCUUAAAAAAAAAAAAAACUCGAGUAUAAGCCGUAUAGACCCGAGUAUAAACCGAGGGGACGUUUUUCAGCACAAAAAACGUGCUGAAAAACUCGGCUUAUACUCGAGUAUAUACGGUAUACAAAUUCACAGGCAAGGCUGUUUUUCUCCCGUAAACAUGAUCAAUAACUUUCCUAAAUGAGGCUGUUACCUUUACAUAAAUAGCAAAAGGCAAGAUUAUUCAAUUAUAAUUCCCGUUCUCAAAUAUUCAAACGAUAUUAUUUAAACUGGGGAAGAAGGGACAAGGACAUUACAGUAAUGUACAGUAACUGCCAUUUCUUUUCAAGGAAUGGAAAGUGGUGAGGAAGGAUAUUCAUAAGACAUAUUUUUAAAUUAGAAAUUAAUUGAAGUGGUUUUAAUCAAGUUAACUUUCUUUAACUCCCACCAGAACAGCAAUCAGUGCAUUUUCCUUCCAAAAGGAACCAAAAUGAAUAAAGAGCAGAAAAAAUAGCAUUGGCUAUUACAUGAGAACUUUGCAGCAUGUAAUUAAUUGAUCAGAUAAUUCACUCUAAGAAUUAGCAAAAGGAAUAGCAUAGUGUUAUUUGUAUUAAGCAAAUAUAUUUUUGAGCUAGCGACAAUGCAUCUAGAGAAAACAUUGAAGCAUGCUUAUCUCGAUGCUUUUGAUCAUAGCUGUGCGUAAAUGUGCUUUGGCUCCAUAUUUCCAUUUUCUCACCACAGAAUAAAUGAGCCCCAUUAUGCAAGUCAGCUCAUGCUAAAAUAAAUUAUGCUUCCAGAAUAAAAGAUAGCAAAUGUAUCUGUUUCAGAAGAAAAACCAAAUUAAAUUACUAUAAGAUAUAGAGUCCCAGGUUAGCUUAAUUACUCAAUUUUAUAUUUAGCACAAAUAUAUAUGAUAUAUUAUAUUAGCACAGAUAUACACAAUAGAUUUAUAUUAGCACAAAUUUCAUCAUAAAUAACACAAAUCCAACAUAGCAAAGAAUGUCAAUAACAGAAAAAGGCAGAAAAUGGAGUUAAACGAUGUGAAGAGCAGGGAUAUUCUACAAAUAGCCGUUAUGAAGAGUGCCAACACCAACUGCCUGGUGUGCAAGAACCUCAUUAAUUAGAGAGUUAAAGCAACUUUGCCAGUCCUAUUUAGAUUCUUUUGCCUUAAAGGGGUUGUUGUUUGCAUUAUAUCUAGAGUUCUGAACUUUUGAGAAUGUGUUGUUAAUUCCGUGACACACAAUUUAUAAUUCAAGGCUUCUUCCCCCUUCAGAUCAUGGCCUUUGGUGCAAAUCUCAGGUGAAGCUCUGGGGAUCAUCCAUAUGCAAUGCUAGCUCUGACUGAUAGGCGUCUAGAGGCCCACCCAUGAGUAUCUUUCUUCCAGCAAGGAUUCCGUCUCUUGGACAAUACCUGCAGCUAAUCCCCCAUGGAAGCAUAAUCUGAGGCUUUAGAGAUGGCCUGCACCAUUUUAAACUGCAAGUGAGGGAACCUAUGUUCACAUGUUCCAACGUAAACAUAUCUCCCUCUGUGCAAAAUAAUAAUAGUAGUAGUGGUAGUGGUAAUGGCAAUUCGCAGUGUGACAGUGGGAAAGGUUCUAGGAUAAUGCACCUAAUACAUCGAUGUAAAGAGAGUUUGGAGGAGCACUGGAACCUGAGACAUGGCAUCAGUAAUUUGAUCUGGUUCUUUGUAGAAGAAGCUGUCAAUCAUGAUAGGGUUGAAUGAGUAAAUGAGAUCCAAGACAUACAAGAAGAGAUAAGUACAAGGGGGCAAAUGUGAAGGUGGUUCUCAACCAGCCACAGUUCCUUAAGUAGACUUGGUUUUUGGUUUUUGGUUUUGUCUUCACCUCUUUUCUUAAGUUGCUCUUUCCCAAUGCUGUGCUGAAUCUAUUGCUUCUUUCUCCACUUGCUGCCUUGUGACUACUGAUGCAUGUGUCUCCUUUCUGUGAGAUUGCGCCUUUGGCUUUAGUUGCCUCUCCUUUGACAUCAUAUAGCCCUUGUAUAUAUUCCCUUUCCCGCACUUGCUGAAUUUUGCAUCUGCUUCCUUCUAAUUGUGAGGUGGGAUGGGUGGGUUGCAGUUUCUUCUUGCUUCUGCCUUUUGACCUCUCAUUUGAGUCACAAGAGAGGAAUGUAAGAUCCAGGUCCUGCUGUAUCAAUAUAGAAGGAGAGAGACAAUACCUCUCUAGGGACUGUGCCUUUUGAAGAUAUAAUGCUACAAAAUGCCUCUUCAUGCCUGAACAGCUAUCAGAAUGGAAGUCAGAAUGACCACUAGAUGGAAGCAAAGAGUUAGAGGGUUUUUUUGGUAUCUUUGCUGCCAUCUAUCAGACAAUUACUUACAGCACAGGUUUGAUAGCUAUGCAUUCACAUUUUUUUGGAAAUCCUUUUCAUUGUUACCUGCAUUUGUGGCUUUGUGUUCUCCUCAUCUGUUUUUUUUUCCUUUCCCUAAACAGUUGAGGGUGUUUUUCCCCCCCACUAAAUAUAAUAGCCGCUCAAAGCAAUAAUCACCCUUUCCCCAAGUCUAUGUAUAGGGUGUAUAUAUAUAUGUAUAUAUUUAUAUUUAUAUUUAUAUGACAUGUUGCAGCUAUUCUAAUAAAAUGCGGUCUUUCUGCAA